CCUCAUUCAUUCACAGAGGAACACGACUUUGAUUCCAGGACACGCCUAGAGGACAUCUAAUCAUCUUUGAGAUUCGUAAUAAUAUAUUCAAUAUUUUGGAGCUUAAUUUGCUUUAUUAAUCCUUAGGAUAUCUAUUUAAUAGACACCAGUACAUUUUUGAAGGAUAAAAAUCAAGUUAUCGGUUUUAUAAUUGAUCUCUGGAACAUUCUACACGGCUGGGAGGGUUUUGUCAAAUUUUUCGUUCAUAAAGGAGAUAAAGAAGUGGAAUUUGGGUGUUUAAUUCUUAAGAAUGAACAAAGCCCCUGGUAAGACAGAGAUGAGUCGUUUUAACAUCGCUCCAGAGAUGGACAGCAGCAGUUCCAGCUGCAACGAGUAUACUAGUUACCAAGACUGUCCCGCCAAAGUCCCUCACAAUGGAUUGCCAUAUACCGAUGUGGACACAGAGAGUCAGAACUUCCUGUCAGAUCAUCACUUGGGAAAGAAGAAAUAUGAAGCUGAAUAUAGCCCUGGCUCAGCGUCGUUUGGAAUGUCAGUGUUUAACCUUGGUAACGCCAUCAUGGGAAGUGGAAUUCUUGGGCUUUCCUAUGCCAUGGCCAACACUGGCAUCGCCUUGUUUGUGAUCCUGCUGGUCAGCGUGGCCAUUUUCUCCUUGUACUCCGUUCAUCUGCUGCUCAAAACGGCCAAUGAAGGAGGGUCUCUGGUGUAUGAACAGCUGGGCUACAAGGCUUUUGGAAUUCCUGGGAAACUGGCAGCUUCUUGUUCCAUCACCAUGCAGAACUUUGGAGCUAUGGCAAGCUACCUCUACAUUGUGAAGUACGAACUGCCGAUCGUCAUUAAGGCCUUCUUAGACAACGCUGACAACAACGUAUGGUACACUAACGGCGAUUACCUGGUGCUCAUCGUAACCGUGUCCAUCAUUUUGCCACUCUCGCUGCUUAAAAACUUGGGUUAUCUGGGAUACACAAGUGGAUUUUCCUUGUUGUGCAUGGUGUUCUUCCUUAUUGUGGUGAUCUACAAGAAGUUCCAGAUCCCCUGUCCACUACCUGAAGACUUUAUUAACAUGACAAUGAACAACUCGGUGCCGCCGCAACAAAACACCACAGAUGAAGACUGCUGCAAACCAGAGUACUUUGUCUUCAACUCACAGACUGUGUAUGCUGUGCCUAUUCUCACCUUUGCAUUUGUGUGCCAUCCGGCUAUUCUGCCCAUGUACGAGGAGCUUAAAGAUCGUUCCAGAGUGAAGAUGCAGAAUGUGGCAAACGUGUCGUUUCUGGGAAUGUUUGUGAUGUAUCUGCUGGCCGCUCUGUUCGGAUAUCUGACCUUCAACGAGGCUGUCGAACCCGAGCUCCUGCACACUUACUCCAAGGUCUACAGUUUUGACGUUGUGCUUCUGAUUGUGCGUCUGGCCGUCCUGACCGCCGUAACGUUGACCGUGCCAGUGGUUCUCUUUCCGAUUCGUACCUCAGUCAACCAGCUGCUCGGUGCGUCUAAAGAAUUCAGCUGGCCGCGUCACAUCUGCAUCACUGUCGCCCUAUUGGUCUGCGUCAACAUUCUCGUCAUCUUCGCUCCCACCAUCAGAGAUAUCUUCGGAUUCAUCGGUGCGUCUGCUGCAGCUAUGCUGAUCUUCAUUCUGCCGUCGGCCUUUUACAUCAAACUGGUGAAGAAAGAGUCCAUGAAGUCCAUGCAGAAGAUCGGGGCGUUGUUGUUCCUGAUCUUCGGUUUCAUCGUCAUGAUCAGCAGUAUGACUUUAAUCAUCCUCGACUGGAUUCACAACGCCAGAGCUUCAGAGAGCCCCACCAACGGGCACUAGUGGGCGUGUCCCAACUCUGAUUGACAGGCAGAUGAGGUGGAGCAACGCCUGCAAUUUUCAAACUUAAAGAAGCUGCUCUUUUAUCAGCGCAGAGCAAAAAACAAACAUCCAUUCUGAGAGAAUGUCCUGAACUUUGUACACUAUGCUGUUAGGCCACAAAGAUGGUAAUCGACUAUUGUUGUGCUUUUCUCCAUUUGAUUUUAUUCGUUUUUGUCAUUCAUUUUAGUUUCUUUUUGUGUUGUAGUCCUGGUACAGUUGAAUUACACUGGAAAUAUUCACCUUUUUCAGGUUUGGCAUCACAUACCGCAACCACAAUGUAAUAACUUCACCGAUCUAUCGCCAGCGGAGCGUCUGCAUUUGUGUUUGACAUCCGUUUGUACCUUUGCCAAAAAUAUUGGUGUUUGUAUGUCGAAAAGCACUUAACCUUCAGCAAAUGUUUUGCUAUUUUGCUACAAUGCUAUUUGUACUGUACUACUUGAGUCACCUUGACCUGUCGUUUAGAUCUAUUAAUGAACAAAUAUUGAUCUGUAGUUGUUUAUUUCUGACAGGAAGAGCAACUAAAUGAAUUUACUGUAACCUUAAAGCCCAGGCGAUUACAGGAAAAACGUCACGUUACGGAAGUGAAAUGACAUAGAAUCAAAAGACUUGCCGAGGGGCAAAAAGACCAUCAGUGUUUAACUUUACUUACCAUUUCAGUGUUUGCCAUCAGCAGCUUGAAGUCGCUCCCUGAGUGAGAGAGAGAGAGAGAGAGAGGGAGUGUGUGUCAUUAGGUCAUUCAAGAGGUUACUCGAGAGGUCACCUAACCCCAUGAUCACUGCUCACACACCUCAAUGUGCUUCCAACGGCUAAACCUCACGUGUCAUCCAACCUGUUGCUCUCCAACAGUUAUUUAUGGAAAAACAUCAAUGUAAUUUAAUCUAUUUUACUAUAUUUAUAUAUUGUAUAUAUAUGUAUAUACCACCAAUUGAAGUGUAUAUAUUUGCUGUCAUUUAUUGUUUUUUUCAAUUUUGCUCAAUAUGCUUGAAAUAAUGGCUUUAGAACCGCAGUGUUCUCAUUCAUGUGCAUCGGGCCCCUGGUGUCUCAUCUGGCCCCUGAACAUCCUUUCAACACACACAAACACACACACCUUUUACACUUCUACUACAAUACUGUAUUUAAACCCGCGAGGGGUGGAGCGCUCCUCAUGUGCAAGAUCAUCCUGCGAAUGAUACGCUCUUGUUUCAAUGAAACACUAUGUAUAUCAUGUAAUUAAUGUCUAAUAAAGGUUCAAAAUAACUCA